UCUUGCAGCGACUCAGCCCCUUUCCCUCCUCCUUCACCACCUCAGUCUUUGUGCCCAACCUCGGCGGCCGUGGAGCUACAGAAUGCGACCCGGUAUUGACGUUUGCACCACCGGACGUCCUCUUAAGCUGAGCCGGGCCGAGUCCAUGGACGGGAUAGCAUGAAUUCUCAGUGUUACACAGUGGCGAUGGACCUUGGCGUUUGCCAACUGCGGAAUUUCUCCAUCUCGUUUCUGUCCUCCGUCCUCGGCAAAGAGAGCGCGUCGGUCAGGCUUGACAGAAGCUCUUCGGGUGCAAGUGUCGUGGCCAUUGACAACAAGAUUGAGCAAGCGAUGGACCUGGUGAAGAGUCACCUGAUGUACGCUGUGCGCGAAGAGGUGGAAGUGCUCAAGGAACAAAUCAAGGAGCUGAUGGAGCGGAACACUCAACUGGAGCAAGAGAACAACCUGCUCAAGACCCUGGCCAGCCCCGAGCAGAUGGCUCAGUUCCAGGCCCAGGUCCAGACCGGCGGUUCCCCCACUGGCCCUGCCGCGCAGCCUCAGGUCCCGGGCUCGGUUGGAACCGCGCAAGCACUCCCGUCUGCACAAAACUUGGGCUCGUCCGCGUGAAGAGGAAAGAUCCGUAAGAUCUGUGACUACCCCGCCCCCUGCCCAACUAUGCCACCUUCUCGAGGAACUCCCACAAGUAUUUCGUUGCACAUUUAAUUUAUUCUGCCUUGUUUUGCAAAUUUUACAUGCUCAGACAAUCACUGUUGUCAUGGUGACCGGGCAAAACUCACCAAGCAGACGUGAACUGAAAACCGCAAGCAGUCAUUGGCAUCAAAUCCAUCCUUGUGUGACGAACGUGUGCCAAUGUCAGUCCGCCACCUCAACCCAGCACACACAUUCCAUUUUUUUUUUUUUUUUUUCCCCUCCACAUGGACACGUUGCUGCUAAAGAUAGUUGAAAUUUAUCAGAGGACUUGCGUGCCCACGUCUAUCCCUCCCGUUCUGAAAUGGGAAGCGAUAAUUCCCGGUCCCGGUGGUCUGGGUUGUGGCGGUUUUAAGAAGAAAAGAUGAACUGUAUUAAGUGUUUUAGUGGCACGUCACUUUCACUUGUAGGGUUUGGUGGUGUCUUCCCAUGUUAUGUUUCCAUUCCCACCCUCUCCUAUUGGAAGAGUUGAAUAUUCAAUCAAUCUCGUUUUUAUAGGGUAAACUGGGGAAGGGUUAGGAUUUAUUUUCUUUGUUUGAUCUUGUAGAUGUAAUUUAAUGUCCUCGUAAUGUGUACAUGAUCAAUAACAGAUGAAUAGAAUAUACGACUGUAGGUUUGUACAGAUCAACAUUUCCAAUUCUGCAAAGUGCCUGGUUUCUAACCAUAGAUACAUAUAUAGUUUCUUUUCAGUUAUUUUAUUCAUGUAAAUAUAUUUGUAUAUGUCUAUAUCUAUCUAUCUAUGGUUUGCCAGGCUGUGAAGUACCUGUGAUGUCAGCACUCAGGACGGGAACAAACGAGGAUCAUUUACCUCCACGCUGAACACUGUCUCUCCUGCGGUGACUAUCGUCACUUUACUCACUUAAAACGAUACCGACUGUUUCUUUUCGGGAAUCUUAGUCACUUAAAUUGUUUUUUUUUUUUUUUUUUUGUUGAAGUUAAAGAAGUUUUGCUUUUUUUUUUUUUUUUUUUGCAGCCAAGCAUUUGUGUUGCUGCUAAGACACUCAAAGGACACGUAGGCAGACACACUUUGCAAAUGGAGGAAUGCCUCGCAGAAAAUGUCAAUCUUUUGUGCAUGUUCCUCAGCCCAUCACAAAUGUGACAUUCAAUUUGCACUAGACAGUUGCACCUCAAAUAAAAAGUAAAAACAAAGAAACAAAUGGAUGGCUUUUUCUU